AUGGAUGCCUGCAACAAUUUUGACAAUUUUGGCCCUCUUUUUAAAUCUCGUUUGGAUCGAGUAUUGAAUCAAUCUACAAAUUUUAAAGCCGUCUGUUUUGCUCAUCAUAUUGUUAAGCCGGUACUUCAGGUUGGGCCAACUUGUGGUUUUGCAUCAUUAUCCAAUGCUUUAAAUAUUUACAACCUAAAAUCUCCAAAUUUAAAAGAUUUAGUAAAAUUGGGACGCUUUUUUGGAAUAACAAACGGAGGGGAAAUAUUUUCUGUUGAAUGGUUUUGUAAUUUUAUACAAAAAUAUUGGCCUAGUCUACACCCAAAAAUUGCAGAAUUUGGCGAAAUGAAGUCUUCAAUAAUUGAAUAUUUUGGAAGAAGGGAAAAUAAUAAGAUUCCAACAAUUCUAAUUCCAUAUGAUUGUGAUAGAGGAAAUUUUGAGCCUUGUAAUCGUAAUGGACUUGGAGCGCAUUGGGCUAUUUUGACAGGGUGUCUUUUACUUUGUGAGGAUAAUGGAGGAGAAGAAUCUAAUGAAGAAAAUAUUAAAAUAAUUAAUUCCUCAACUGAAUUUAACAACGUUGUAAAUGGUAUGAAAUGGGACGAGAAAAAUUUAUAUUUAAUUGGAUAUCAAGGAAAGAGCAGGUCUGUUUUCAUUUUUGGUGUUUUAAGGGCUGACAUCAGAGGUGGGUCGGAAUCCAGAUUUCCGACGUUUUUUUCUUUCUGA